CCUGUCAUUCGCAUCUUGCCCAGCGAAUAAGACUCGCGGAAUUGUCCGUAGAAUCCGUAGAAGAUAAUCACCAGUUUGGGAAUUAUUUCUUCCAGUGAACUGCCUUAAAAUUUGCAUACGUGUGCGUCAGCAUCUUGAUUUUUACCUAUCGUAAAGGAGACCACUGAGAGAAGAACCCACGGCCGAAACGGAAAGAUAUGCAAAUAUGGACUUCCACAUACUGAUCGUCAUCGGUUGUGUGUUCACCGCCUCCCUGCUCUCGUUUCUGUUCAUCAACAAGAUCUUCCGGCGCAAGACAUUCGAGGAGGUGGUGGCGGAGAAGCGGGCUCUGAACGCCAAUCUGUACAAGGCGGCAGGUGGAGCGGCCGCCAAGAAGCCCAAGAAGAAGGAUCUGAAACGGGAGAAGAAGCAGCGCCAGCGCGAACAACAGCGGGAUGCGAACAAUGAGCCGGAGGCGGAGGAGGCCGAGGACUACUCGGACGGACAGUCGGAGGGUCAGGGUUCCGUCGCAGACGAUGAGCCCGGACUGUCCAAGCAGCACGUUGAGUUUGAGCCCGAUGCGGAGAUCCUGAAUGACCAGCGACGUCCCAGCAGCGUGGCUGAGAAGGAGAACCAACCCUCCGCCACCGGCAAGAAGGGCAAGAAGGACAAGCGCAACGGCGGUGGCAACAACAAAGCGGCCGGCAUCCUGGUCAACAAGAACGAAACCGUGGUCGUCAAAACCUCCCUUUCGGAGGAGACUCCCGUCUUGAACAAUUUCGAGGCCAAGGCUCCCAAGGAUGUGGUUGAACUGAAGAAGCAGGAGCAGAAGGAGCGCAAGGAGGACAACAACAACACCAAGCAGCAGGUACAGAAGAAGAACGGAGCUGGAAACGCAGCCAAGAAGGAGAAACCAGCAGCUGCUGAUCCCGAGCCACCAACUGCACCCAAGAUUGUCAAGCAGCAGCAGCAGCAGCAGCAGAAUGGUUCACCCAAAACGCAGCACAAUCAGGCCAACAACAAGACCAAGCAGCAACAGCACAACAAGCAGAAGCAGAAGGAGACUCUGACCGCCAAGGACCUGGCUCAAGCUCUGGACAAACUGGCAGAGUACCAGAACCAGACCAUCGGAGUCAACGCCCUCAUCAACGUGUUUUCUCGCGCGGAACUCAACCGCUCCGAGAUCCAAAUCCUAAUUGACUAUUUGCUGAACAAGCAGCAGGACAUGCCGGCCUCGCACGCCGAGUGGUCCGACGACAUCUGCCAGAAGCUCAAACGCCAGCUGGAGGAGAAGGAGAAGCUGCUGGCCGAGGAGCAGGAGGCCUCCAUCGGCAUCCAGGCCAAGCUGCGGGAGCUGAGGCAAGAGGUUAACACGGAGCGUGCUCAGAUGCACAGCCGCAUCCAGGCCUACAACGACAAGGUGCAGGCCAAGGAGCAGGAACUGGCUGCUCUUAACCAGGAGCUGUCCAGUCUCAAUGAUAAGCUCACGCUCGAGCGACAGCAGUUCCAGACACUGUUGAGGGAGAAGCAGGCCAGCUCGCAGGACCUUGUGCCACAGCUGCAGCGCCUGCAGCAGGAUUUGGCUCACAAGGAGAAGUGCCUGGCUGACAUGACGGCCUUCGUGAACGCCGAGACUCAGCAGAAGAACGAGCUGAUCCAGCAGCAAGCCCAGCAACUCGCCGCUUUGGAACAGCAACGCGACGAGCUCGAGCAGCGCCAAAACAACACCGUCUUUGAGUUGGAGCAGCGCAAACAGCUCGAGCAGGAGAACACGGAGCUGAAGCAAGAGCUUCGUACUCUGACCCAGGCCCAGUCGGAGCUACAGCGCGUCCACACUGCGGAGUUGCAGGAACUGCGCCAGCAGUCGGUGGACCUGGAGGCCAAUAACCAGGCGCUCAACCAGAAGCUCAGCCAGGCGGCCAACAGUGCCGUUCAAGCCACCGCCGCCCAGUCGGAGCAGGCCCAGGUCCAGUCCGAAGCCCUGGCCCAGAAGCAGCAAGAGCUCACCGCCCUUCGUUCGCAGCUGGGAUCGGUGACAGAGGCCCAGGCCCAGCAGCAGAAGGCGACCACUGCGCUGCAGUCACAGCUGCAGGAAGUCCAGCAGCGGGCAGAGCAACUGCAGGCCAAGGAGAAGCAGCUGCAACAGGAGCUUCAGGAGCAGAGGGAGAAGAAUAAUGACGUGCGUUUGAAAAAUUGGAAGCUGAUCGAAGCUUUGCAAAAUGCCGAAGCCUUAACGGCGAAAACGAAAACAAAUACAGCGCAAUCUAUUAGUCAACAAAAUAAAGAGCUGCAGCAACAGAAGCAGCAAUUGAAUGGAGGAGGAGGAAGUGCCAGCUCGGCAAAGAGCGAGCAGCAGCGCAUCCGGGAUCUCUACCUUCGCCUGUAUCCCGAUGCCGUGAAGGCGCAGUCGGGUAACGCCCUGCAGGCCUCCUUCGACCAGUGGCUGGAACAGGUCCUGACCACGCACGUCAAGCAGCAGCAGGAUAAGCUGCAGAAACAGAUCAGCAGUAGUAAUAAGUCCACACAAUCAAACAGCAGUAGCAGUAGCAACCACAACAGCACCCACAAUAAUAUUAGUAGCAAUAAUAGUAGUUCGAAUAGCCAAUCCCCCUCAGCAGCCACCUCGUCAGUAGCCGAGCAGAAGGAGCUGCAAAAACAGAACCUGCAGUUGCGCGAGUGCAACGACAAGCUCACGCAGCUGGUCACCAAGACUACCAACACUCUGAUGGACUUGGAGAAUCGUGCUCGCGAGCAGGACGAGCACUGGCGCGGUAUUGUUGACGAGAAGGAGCAACUUAUCGUUAAGCUGCAGCAGCAUGCCUCCAACGGAGAACAGGACAUUUAAUGUCGCACUGACGGAUGAAGAAUGAAAGGAAGACAAGGAGCCAACAACGACGAUAAACUGACAAGCAUUCGCAGAGUUUGUCCAACUUCCAUAACAACCGCAACAGCUAACAACAAGAAUUCUAACAAUCUAUUAAGUUUAAAGUUAGUGCGACACUAAAUCCCAGAGAAGAUGGCGUUCGAAGAAGCAUGUCCUGUCCCCCCAAACAACAGCAACAUUUAACAUUUUAAAGUAGCGAAAAUCUGCAAUUAUGAGAAUGAAGAACUAUGGAAUGCUUUAAGAAAUUAUAUACACGUAGCUAAGGCAAGAUAAUGAUACAAAAAAAAAAAAACAAAAAUCGAAACUUGUGCAAUGUUAAAAAUGAAGAGCAAGAGAAGAUAAGCUAGCGAAGAAAACGCCCAAGUCGUCUGACAACAAAAUCCAGGCAUUUUCCACUCAAGCCCUCCCACAAAAUAGAAAAAAAAAACCAACAAACAAACAGUAACAAAAUCCAUUGCUGCUGCUACUUUCUUAUUUUUAUUAUUAUUUAUCCUACUACGCAUGCGGUUAUUAUUUAUGUUAUACUUGCAUUUAAAACGCGCUAUAAUCAAUUGUAUAUGUAUCCUAUGUUAAGCAAAUGAAUUUACACCCCAAUCAUUUAAAUGGGAAAUCCAUAAAUAUAAAAAAGUAAAUAGUAUAUAUGUGUAUUUGGGUCUAUGACGAAUUUUUUUGUACUGUAUACUGUACUGUAUGUUUCCAUAAUUGUUUUCUGUUUUUUUUUGUGAGAUUUUUUAAAAAUGAUUUCCUCCCAACUCACUCCCUCCCAAGAAUCAGCGCAGAGUAUUGAGCAGCCAGCAGCAGCAACAUUUAAUUAAGCGUAUAUAAACAAGAAAACUAUUUUUAUAUAAAACUAAAGGAGAAACUAAUUUAUAAGUGAACGCGAAUUAAAUGCAUGAAUGCUAAUUAGCGACUAAUCGUCGAGAACCUGUUGCAUGAAACAAAAAUAAAAAACAAAAUACAAGAAAUACAUCAAAUUGUAAACUAAGAAUGUGAAAAUUAGGGGAAAAAAAUCAACAAAUUAAAGCCCAUCAUCAACAACCACAUAAAUGAAACACAAAUAUGAAUGAGCUAUAGCUGCAUUAUAAUGAUUUAUGAUGUAUAAUUUACGAUAAAUGAGAAUUAAAUACAUACACACACAUAUGAGAAAGACA